CGGGUAGUGACGCUACAGAGGCAGGUCUCGGCGUCCAAGUCCCGCCCCUUCCCGUGUACUUCCCGCCCGUCCCCGGAAGUGGGGUUUGGGGUCCCGGCGCGCGGCACUUCCCGUUUGUCGCGGCCUCCCCAUACUUUCAAGUUGUACCUCAACGGAGCCAAAGGGACCAGGGGAGCGCAUCCUGCCCACGCCCACGCCACCGCCUCUGCUCAGGCCUCUGUCCUGGCCUCGGUCCCAGAAGCAGAGUCCCUCGGCGCGCGCGCGGGCGGGAAUCCCGGGCCCCUGAGGUGCGAGCAGACUUCCGUGCCCGGCUCCGGGCGUUUCCGGUCUUAGCGGGCUCUUCUGGGAGGGUAUAUUACAAACCUCCAGAUGUUGGUCUGUGGGGUUCAGCAGAGGAUGAGUUCUCUAUCCCUUCAUUGGUAAGCCACUCUUCCCGAUUGCUGUCCUGUCAUCCACCAUCCUCAUGUCUACCUUACUUCUCAAUCUGGAUUUUGGUGAACCUCCCCACAAAAAGGCAUUAGAGGGAAAUGCCAAGCACCAAAAAUUUGUCAAGAGGCGGCGGCUCUUGGAAAGGAGAGGCAUUUUGAAUAAGAAGAACCAGCCCCUUAGCAAUGUGCCUAAAUUGCACUCAGAACCUCCAAAGAAAGGGCAAACUUGUCAGAUGGAUGACACUUCGAAAAUCCCUCCCCCUCCAAAAAAGAAGACUGCUGCCUCCAGUGGUGGGUCAGAGCAGUCCUUGGACAAGAAAGCUUCUGUGCCUUGGCUGACCCCUGCCCCUUCACAGAAGGCUGGUUCUCUUGUGGCUAAAGUAGAUUUGCUGGGGGAGUUCCAGAGUGCCCUUCCAAAGAUUAAGAGCCACCCAACUCGCCACCAGAAGAAGGACCCCCAAAAGAACCCUCCUCAGAAGAAUACCCCAGCUCAUUCAGAGAAUAAAUGUUCCGGAGCAUCCCAGACGAUGCCAAGGAAGAUGGUGGCAAUUGACUGUGAGAUGGUGGGCACAGGACCCAAGGGGCAUGUCAGUUCCUUGGCUCGAUGUAGCAUCAUCAACUACAAUGGAGAUGUGCUCUAUGAUGAGUACAUCCUUCCCCCCUGCCACAUUGUGGACUACCGCACCAGAUGGAGUGGUAUUCGCAAGCACCACAUGGUGAAUGCUACACCCUUCAAGAUUGCUCGGGGUCAGAUCUUGAAGAUACUCACAGGGAAGAUAGUGGUGGGACAUGCCAUCCACAACGACUUCAAAGCCCUUCAGUACUUUCACCCCAAGUCUCUCACCCGUGACACCUCUCACAUCCCCCCUCUCAACCGGAAGGCCGACUGCCCAGAGAAUGCUACCAUGUCUCUGAAGCAUCUCACCAAGAAACUGCUGAACCGGGACAUCCAGGCUGGGAAAAGUGGACAUUCCUCUGUGGAAGACGCUCAGGCCACCAUGGAGCUGUACAAGUUGGUUGAAGUUGAGUGGGAACAGCACCUGGCCCAGAAUCCCCCCAAAGAUUAGCAGCAGUGGAGAUACCCUUGAUGAGAGGAGGCAAAGGCAGCACCACACCUGGAGAAACAGGGCAGUGAACCAAUGGACAGGACAACCCUACCAGCUCCCCACCUUUGGAAACCACAGUUGUUGUGGUGAGAGAGGCUCUACCCCGGACUUAAUAUGUAUUGAAAUCUCACCUCAGGUGUUGUGUCCUGUGUCUGGUUAAGUGUCGCAUGGAAGGAGGGAUCUCCAUGUCAGUACCAAGCCCUAUAUAUACUGUUUACCCGUUAAAUGGUGCUAACCACAGGUCCCAGGGUGCUUUGUUCUUGUCAAGCUUUUUGACUUUUAAGGGGCAGGGCAUACUGGAAAAUUUAGUUUCCCAGACUGCCUUAUCACUAGGGUAGCUAUAUGUCCCAUUGUAUGCCUUUUGUUCUCAAAUAAUUAACGGCACCCUUUUUCACUCUCAGAAGUAUCCUGGUUGGAUGAUAAUUGUAUGACCACAUUACAUAUCAAAGUCUACAUUUAGUCUAUGUCAGGAUAUCACCUGUUUUUUCCCCCCUGACUUUGAGAGGAGCCAUCCCUGGUGAGGUACAAGGCAGUAGAGGUAAGAGAGUAUGACUUGGAAAUCAACUUUUAUGAUGUAGGAAAGCAUUCUCUUUCUUAAAGCAAUAGAGGAUUUAUUUAAUUUAGAUCCCACUUGAUAGGUUAAAAAAGAAUUUUAAAGUCUUUUACUUUGCUGAAAUAAGCCUCUUAAAAACUCAAAUUAUUCCCUUGAUAAAAUCUUUUUCUUUGAUAAAUUUUAAUGGAAAAAUAA